UGUCCCCGAAACAUCAUCUGAACAAAAUGACGCUUGGAUAGGGCUCCCAAAGUCACCCGCCCACCUGAAGAGGGAGGAGCCCCUCCAGAAUGUGCCUGGUCAGGGAGAACCAGGAGAGGCGAAAUGGCAACUGUUGUGUGAUCAGAUGGUGUCCCUUCUUCAUCAUCGUGGCCAUGUUGGUCUGGUCCUACUACGUCCUGGUUUACCAAAUCUGCAUUCUAAAGGUAGAGGACUACGUGAUCAUGGGGCUCGUGCUGUUUUCCUACCACCUACUGCUCCUCAUGUUUCUGUGGACCUGGGUUGCAUGCAUUUGGGUCGAUCCAGCUGGGAUUCCCGACCAGUGGAAAAUACCGGCAGAGGAUGUGGAGAGGCUGCAGCGCAGUGAGGGAGUGGAGGCAGCAGCUCGAGUCCUCAAUCACGUCGCGAGGAACUUGCCCAUUUCCACCUGCAGCCCCGAGGGACUGGUGAGGUACUGCAAGACCUGCUGGAUAAUAAAACCGGACAGAGCCCACCACUGCCGCACCUGCCAGAAGUGUGUCCUGAAAAUGGACCACCACUGCCCCUGGGUGGUGAACUGCGUCCACUUCCACAACUUCAAGUACUUCAUACAGUUCCUCUUCUUCGCCGAGCUGUACAUGCUGUACCUCUUCUGCGCGAUGAUCUACGAAUUUUACCUGAUCUGCGGCUUCGACAUUAGUUACCUGAAGAGUGAGCACACGUGGAACCUCCUUCAGCACGUGGCGUGCAUUAUCUUCAACAUUUUCACCCUGGUCAUGUACUCCGUGAGCGUGUUCAAUGUGUCCCGAAACCGCACCACCAUGGAGUCGGCCCAUCCUCCCUUCUUUUUCGUUGGCGGUGAGAACAACCAUGGCUUCAAUUUGGGGUGUCGUGCCAACUUCCGAGAGCUAAUGGGCGAUAAGUGGUACCUCUGGCCUUUUCCGAUCUUCUCCAGUCGCGGCGAUGGACUAUCCUUUCCCUUGGCCGUGGAACGCCUGAAGGAGGUUCGCACGGAUAACCAGAGAAAAGAUGGUGGCCCAACCAGAGCCCAGAUUGUCAAGGAAAACGUGACCAGGAUUCUGGGAAUUCAUCAUACAUCCUUGGACUGUGAAUGA